GGCGCCUCUUCCUCGUCCUCCUCCCUCGCUGACUCCUCUGCCUCUCCGCGCUUCACCCUCGAGGGAUCUCGGCUUCCCAAGAACGGAACUCUGCAGGCUUCCCCGGAACUCCGUCUGACGAUGUUCAAGUAGAGAACGAUAUUACGUGACCGACAACCGCCAAACUUUCGGGAGUGACAUGGAAACUUUUGCGGUGACGAGGAACGCGUUGGAUGCGUUUAAAGUGACGUGUGGACACUCGACCUGAGAAACCCUGAACUGAAGUCAUCAAUUGAAAGAUGGCUCUCCGUGCAACAUGGUCUGGAUGUUCACACAGUAAAGAAAGAGCAUACCCUGCUGUCCAACACGGGUGUAACAAUGUUACACCAGCACCAGUGGUUCACCCAGCAAAUGGAAUACAAAUCAACAUGGUAGCCCCUCAAGAUCCUGAUGAGCUUAAAGUCGUUGAUGGUCCAGCUCAGGGGCAGCAAGAUGGUGCAAAAUCAAGACAAGAUUUCCAAAGUCUCCACCACAAGCUAGCAAGCUCUGGAUUCCAGCACCCAAAACCACCUGGAGAAAGUGUAUGGACUCCUCUGAAUAGUUGCCACCAACUAAGCAGAAAAGCUAAUCCUGACUAUAUUUCAUCACUGCAUGUCACUGCACAAUACAGCGGCGCUAAUGAAAACUCUGGGAGACAAUGUCUGUAUAAUGGUGAACAAGAUGAGGAAUCUAUUCACUCACUGGAUGCUCUCAGCUGUGAACAGAUUGGAAACCAAAACCUAGUACUUUCAAGAAGUACCCGGUACCAGCAGCAGUUAACUUGUCCAUCACCAGUGGAAGAAAUAAAACCACUUACAGAUUUUGAAAUACACGACUUUAUUGUGAAAGAGGUUAAACAGUACAGAAGAACGCAGAGCACUGACAACCUCCCCACAUCCUCUGACAAAGGGACACAACAAUAUGAAGAGGUGCAAUGUGUCUCUGCACUUGAAAAAACACUUACAGUGGACAGUUCAAAGGGCAGCAAAUUAAAUACUGAAUUUACUCAGACAAGUGAUUGUCCUACAGUUCCAUCAAAGAAACAUUCAACAGAAUAUCUGCAACUUAUGGGGACAGUUGCUGCCACCCGCAAAAAGAACGAGGACAAGAGUCCAGUGGUUCUCAUAUCAAGGUCUGGAAUGACUUUUGAUGAACUGACUGAGAAGGAACCCUGGAACAAGCCACAAGAAGAAUGCACAUCUCUGGGGUUAAAUAUCAACAGGAAUUUAGAGGAAUUGCACAAGGUGGCUGGUGUUUCGUGGUCUCCCAAACACAUGGAAGUGAAAGAGGAUGGAGAUACAAGGCUAAAACCAGUUGACAAUGUGGGUUGGACAGUAGAUUUGGACAAUUUGCAAGGUGUGAAUGAAAGGCAAAGUUCAAUUAUCACUGGAAACCAAUCACUCAAAGAAAAUCAAGACACAUUUCCCAACAGAAGGAAAACUUCUGAAGAUCAACAUUGUCAUACAACAGAUCAGGAAGUAAUUGCACAUUCCAUGGGUACUUCAUCAGUUGAUCAAAUUCAGAUUCAUAGUGUUAUAUCAAUUUCUACGGACCAAACUGAACUUCUGUGGAACCAAGCAAGUCAUCAAUGUGUGAUGGCCGAUGCAGGUUCUGUGCAUUCACAAACAGAUUUAAGCAGUCUUGAAGUUACUGAAAAAAUUGCCGACGUCCAAGAACUGCCCCUACUCCCUGAAAGCAAGAGUCUGGAACACGCUGUGGAAGGUUUGAAAGAUCCAAAAUAUGAAGACAUUUCAGAUAAUGAAAUGUCACAGGGGAUGACAAAACUUCCAAACACAGAGCAUGAGAAAUGUAGCUUCCUGCCAUGUGGUGAAAAUCCUCAGUAUGAAGAUAUAAGUGAAGAUGAAAAUCCAGAGAGAGAGAUAUCUUUUCCAGAAUACAACAAAAAGCAGUCACUAUUUGAAAAUGAAGGCCAUGGACACGUGCAGGAUCAGGCUCAGGUAAAGACUGCAAGCAUUUCAGAUGAGAAGCUGAUUUUACUGGAUACAGCACAACUCUGUUCUUGCCCAUGUUUUGUUGAAACUGAUGAUGGUUUUGAACAUUUAUGUCCUAAAUGUGACAGCGACAGACAACUGGGAGUGCAAACAAACCACUCAGCUUCAUGUAGUCCUUCUUAUGAUUAUUUCAAAGAUGGAGAGGAGAGUGACGAUCAGAUGGAUGACUUCAUAGUCUUGCCUAUAUGCAUCACAGACAUUAUAUUUGGACCAGAUAAUGAAAUCCAGGACGUCCCAGAGUAUGUUGUGCAAGAUGACAGUAACAGUGGAGACGAAGAUGGGCACGGUGACAUGAUUUCAACAUACUGUCCAGCACCCAAUCCAGUUGCAGCUUCUGCUACCUACAACAUAGAGGUAUUUGACACAGUUAAGAGCUUUCUAAAAGCUAAAGCUGCAGAAUCAGGAAGAAGCACACCUGAACAUGAAAUGGUGCUCGAGGAAGACGCAUAUACACCUAGCAGGAGCGAGUUCCCCUCUGAGCCCGAAGACAGCACUGAAACAGAUGACAGUUGUGAUUACUCAGCACCUCUGCCACCAGAGACGGACGAUUAUGCACCUGAAAAAGAAACUGAACAAAAUGAAACUACAAAUGAGCAAAAAAUUCGAAGCAGCCGCUUAAACAUGGUGAGCUGUAUGGAAAACCUUAACAAGUUGAUUGAUGCCAAAGCUAGAUCAAAGAAUGUACAACCCGAAACCAUCAGACAAACGUAUUCAAAAAACCAAGAAAUAAUAAUUGUGGAUUCUGACACAGAGGAUGAAAGUGACCAAAAUUGCAGAACGAAAGCUAAACGUAAGCGAUUACUCUCUUCAGACUCUAUGGAAUAUGGAGAUGCCCCAUGGGGUCAGCAAACUGGACAUCCAUCUGAAACUGUGGACAGUCUGUAUGGAACUUUGAAAGAAAACGCAGACUUGCCAGUCCCACAGUGUCCUGAGCUAUCGCAUAGUACAGCAACAAGUGGGCAGCAGCUUGAAAAUAAAGCUGGCCAUAAGCAUGUUCAACAGGAGACCAACAGAAGAAAUAUCGAAAGUGUAAUCAUCCUCGACUCUGACACAGAGGAUGACAGUGACCAAGAGCACAAAGAGGAGUACAGCAGGAGAUUCAUCUCUUCAGGGUCAAUGAAUAGUGCCAUUUCGUCAUCACAUUCACCUGACAUUGUGGACACGGAGUAUGGACCUACUAAAGAAAAGCUCCAAGAAAUGAGAUUGUCAUCUGCUGAUUGCCCUGACCUGUCCCUCUGUGCAGAAAAUGGUGGACAGUUGAUUGAAGCUGAAGUUGGCUCUGCGCGUUUGCAACACAAGAGUAACAAACAAGCAACCUCAAGAGUUUUUCAUGAGUCUGACAAGGUGUCUAAAAAAGACGAUCGGAUCAGCAAAAGAAAGGCAACAGACAGAAAUCCCUCAGCAGUUCCAAAAGACAGUCGUGCUACAUUUCCAGAACAAAACAGACAGUCAAAGGAAAUUGUAAACCGCCUCUGUGGAACUGGCAAGACAAGGCCUCGAAAAACCAUACAGUUGUCUAUAGAGUCACAAAGGAAGUGGCUUCAGUCUGUGGACAAGAAAGCAGAAGCCACCUCAGGUACUUGUCCUGUGAUGCCUCAGUCAGUGCACAAUAAAGACCUGAAAUGUCCAAAAGAACGUGUCAACAGGCAGGGUAAAGAUGAAACCCUUGCGCCAAACACUCCUAUAGCAACCAGUAAGAGGAAACACUACUAUGAAAAGAACACUUUGAAUAAGGUUCAAGCCAACAGAAUAAAACCCAGACGGGUUUCAAAGGAACUUUCGUUACCAAGCCAGGAGCGCCUAUCUGCAACAAUGAUGGACAUUUUAAGAACUAACUAUGAGUCAAGGAGACAAGCAAGGCCAGGACCUAGUCACUCUGCCAGGGCUCCCAAACACAGACGGAGGCACAACUCCCACGAGUCUGUGACUCCCCUGAUGAAGAGGACCAUGUCUGAAGCUAAACAUUUGACCAAGGCCAGAAAUCGAGAGAUUCAAAGGGAACAAGGAUCCAAUGUGGGUGUUGGUUAUAAAGGGUUGGAGAGUGGAAAAAAGGUGGCAAGGCUAACAAAGAAAGAUUCCGCCAGCGAGAGGUAGUGAAGAUCUCAAAGAGCCUUUCAUCGAGGAGAACGUUGCGCUGAUUACUACAACGGAGUUGUUAAUAACUGUUGCUGUAUGUAAUUCUGUAUUUUAACAGUGUGCAUGCAUGUUAAAACAAAGUGUGUCAUAUGUUAGUAUGUAAAAUAUCAGCUGAUUGUGGUAGUGUUUUCAAUUGGAAAGAAAUGUUAUUUUUUCCAGCUACCUCACGAUGAAGUUUUUCCAUUUACUGUGUUUAUGCCCUGAUUACAGUUUGAACUUGAACUGCAUGAUAUUUUAAAAGUGAGAUGGAUACAUAUCUAUAUGAUCCUGUUCUUUUCCCUCUUUUAACUUAAUAUUGUUUUUGUACUUGAUUUUGUACUCAGCCGUGGUUACAUUCUGCGGGCAAUAUUGUAUUAUUUUAAGAAAUGUUAAUAAAUGUUAUAAAAGUCUU